AUGUACAGCAAAGUGCAAGCCAUCGUUGGUGAUGUGAAAUUUGCAAACAUAUGUGAGAUAGCCGUGUUCCAAGGGCACAUACAAUGUCUAAUGUUCGCCCGCGAUAUCGGUUGCCCUUGGGAUGUAUCGACGACCGCAGCCGCGGCCACGGCCGGACACUUGGAUUUUCUUGUCUACGCGCACGAAAAUGGUUGCCCUUGGGAUGUAACGACUACCUCGUCCGCUGCCAUGUUCGGUAAUCUUAACUGUCUCAGAUAUGCACUUGAAAAUGGGUGCCCGUGGGAAAAUCUAAUUUGCGCUGAGGCUGCGAAGCACGGACACCUAGAUUGUCUACAGUAUCUGCACGAGCACGAGUUUCCCUGGGACAGUUGGACCUGCAGUAUAGCCGCGUACCGUGGACAACUCGAAUGUCUCAAAUACGCCCACCAAAACGGGUGUGAAUGGAACGAGUGGACGUGCUGCGCUUCCGCAGCGGGUGGAUUCGUCGAAUGUUUAAUGUAUGCACAUCAAAAUGGUUGUCUGUGGGAUGCACUUACGUUCAGCGGUGCUUUUUACUCAAAGGAUCAGAAGUGUUUCCAGUACGCAUGGGUUAACGGCUGUUAUUGUGAAACUCUGACAUGCUCCGAGGGACCGGGUGAUGGACGGUUGGACUGCUUCAUCCUUGUUCUUUCAUAUUAUGUCUUCCUGCACAACUUAAUUUGUAAUAAAAUUGAUUGUCUCUGUCUUUCAACAUGUUAA